UUUACCGCGACAUUUUCGCGCGGAAAGCCGGGCGUUAUCGAGCCGUGAAAAGCUGAAAAGUAACAUGUAAAUUUAGAGAAAUUACCAUAAGUGUAACGUUUUUAUUUAUAUUCAGUCCCUUAGGUAAAAUUUGUGUUAAAAUUAAGAAACAAGACAGUGGAUUUGUGUUCGAAGUACACCUUCGCAUAUAGUGCACAAGGAAAUUUUGUUCUGUGGAUUUUGGAAUAAAUUGUGAAUGACAAGGCAGUGGAGAGUGAAAACCAGUUGAAUUUGUCCACUUACAAUGGCACAAAAUGGGUCUACUGAUGACACCAGUGAGAAGCGUAUGACCUUAAAACGGAAGAGGAGUUCCACAGACGAUGAUGAGCUUGAGAAUAUGCCACCAGCGAAGAUAUCCCCCAAGUUGGAGGAGGAGCUACAGGACCAGCCGGCUCAGAAUGUAGUGGUGGAAUCGUCAUCUUGCUCCAGUGAUGAUGAGAGCUCCCAGCUGGGGAAUAUUGAGCAACCUAGGAGUGUGUUCACAGACUUAGAUUACAAUCCCGAUAGCUUCCUAAGUCCGCCCAGUAUUCCUGAGCUUCCAAACUGUGUUCUGAGCCCUUUGGAAAAUGUAGCCAGGGGAGACUGCACUCCACAUUCAAAUAAGAGAGCCAGCACCAGCAAAGCACAAUGCCCAAAUCAGCCCAAACGCAAGUGCCCACUACCUGGGCUCUCCUGGGCAGACCCGGCGGACGUAUGGCGUGGUAUGUGCGAAUGCGACGCGCGCUCCAGCAUGAGGAAGAACCUUAACAUGUUCGACAACCACCCCAGCUUGCAACCCAGGAUGCGGGCGAUAUUACUGGAUUGGCUCAAUGAGGUAUGUGAAGUCUACAAGCUGCAUAGAGAAACAUUUCACCUGACAGUGGAUUACGUGGACCGGUAUCUCUCCAACACGGCCGACGUGCAGAAGGGACGCUUGCAGCUUAUUGGUAUAACGUGCUUGUUCAUCGCCGCGAAGGUUGAGGAAGUGUACCCACCGAAAAUAGGAGAAUUUGCCUACGUCACGGACGGCGCCUGUACCACCGAAGAGAUAUUACUAGAAGAACUACUUAUACUCAAGAUUUUAUCGUGGAAUAUUACACCUAUAACUAUUAAUAGCUGGUUGAAUGUCUACAUGCAACUUGCGAGUGAAGGAAAAAGUGCGAAGAGGAGGUUGUUAGGCGAGAGCGAGCCCGGGGUCAACGCCCUGCGAGGUUACACAUUCAUUUUCCCGCAGUACUCGUCACUGGAGUUCGUGGUGUGCGGCCAGCUGAUAGACUUAGCAGUGCUGCACGUCGACGUCAACAUGUACUCAUACAGCGCGGUCGCCGCGGCGGCCAUGGCGCACGCUUUCACUAAAGAACUCGCGCUUAGGGUGUCAGGCUUCAGCUGGGAGUCCCUGGAGCCGUGCUACCAGUGGCUGGCCCCGUUCGUGGCGGUGGUCCGCGCGGAGGGCGGCGUGUGCGUGGUGCGCGGCGGCGACGGCGACCACGUGCAGCGCGGCGCCGGCCUGCACCACAUCUGCCCCGACCUCAACGCGGACGAGAGCCACCGCAUACAGUCGCACAACGUCACGCUCGACAUGUUUGAUAAAGUAUGUGCACAGCAACUGGAGCAGUCGUCGCAGGACACGGCGUCGACGUCGCAGGCCACCCCCACCAUCUACCCCCUCACGCCGCCGCACUCCGACCAGAAGAGCCCCAAGACCCCCACAACAAAGACCCCCUCGACGCGGCACCAGCUGCCCGAGGUACCGGACGCCUUCCUACAUUCAGAAGUGGAAUGAUUCACACUGUGUCUAGUUGCUAGUGUUCUGUGGUACUUGACUAUAUAGUAUUACGCGUAUGUGAGCUCAUAGACUCUUUUACGCACUCAAAUAGUUGAAGGUCUUAUGAGUGUUAACUGUGGACGUGUCAAAGACUGUUGUGGUGGUGUCAGUGUUGCCAACAUAGUAGCUCCAACUACUCGUAUUUCAAAAACUUAUUUUAGUGAUACAACCUGAUAACGACAAUGCAAAAAAGUCUUGAAGUGAGACUGCAAGUAGGCUAAACUAACGAAAGGCCAUUUCAUAAUAAUUUUAAUUACGAUUAAUUCGUAUUUAUCACUGCAUUCGUGCAGCCAUGUUUGUUUUUUAUAUUAUAUUCGUCGCGGGCGUUGUAGCCUCGUGUAAAAGCACCAUGCUUAAACAAAGUUUGAAUG